UUUACUUGACCAGGACUCAAAUCCAACUCCUUAAACCCACCAUUUUUCUUCCUUCUUACCUACCCCUCAUUCUUCCAACUCCCCCAAUUUCUGAUGGAGAUCUUACAGGCUCUUGAUGCUCAGGUUCUCGUUGGCUUAGCCGCCGCCGUGGUUGCCAUUGUUGCUGGUGCCUUUUUCCUUGUCUCCUCCAGAAAACCAGCAUCCACAGCCUGCUUGGAUCCUGAGAACUUUAAGGAGUUUAAGCUUGUUAAGCGCACGAAGCUGAGCCAUAAUGUGGCAAAGUUCACUUUUAUACUUCCCAAGACCGAUUCAAUUCUUGGUCUUCCUAUUGGACAGCAUCUAAGUUGCAGGGGAAAGGAUAGCCAAGGUGAAGAGGUUAUUAAAUCUUACACCCCAGUUACCUUGGACUCUGAUGUUGGAUAUUUUGAGCUAGUCAUAAAGAUGUAUCCCCAAGGAAGGAUGUCGCAUCAUUUUCGAGAAAUGCGUAUGGGGGACUUUCUUGCUGUGAAGGGACCAAAGGGAAGUUUUAAGUAUCAACCUGGUCAAGUUAGAGCAUUUGGGAUGCUCGCUGGAGGCUCUGGCAUUACACCCAUGUAUCAAGUUGCUCGGUCUAUAUUAGAAAACCUGAACGACAAGACACAGAUUCACCUUAUUUAUGCCAAUGUUACACUUGAAGAUAUUCUUUUGAAGGAGGAAUUGGAUCUUCUUGCCAAGAGAUACCCUGAUCGCUUCCAGAUCUACUAUGUCUUGAACCAGCCUCCUAAAGUUUGGGAUGGCGGCGUCGGCUUUGUGUCGAAGGAAAUGAUUCGAGCGCAUUGCCCUGCACCUGCCUCUGACAUUCAGAUUUUGCGGUGUGGACCGCCGCCGAUGAACAAGGCCAUGGCUGCCCACCUUGAUGCUCUUGGAUAUACACCUGAAAUGCAGUUCCAGUUCUAGUUCAUGGUGACUCUUCAAUAUUUGGUGAUUUAAAGAUGAGGACUUCAACUUUCAUUCUAAAAAUUUAGUUGUAUGAGUGAGCAUCAAAGAUGUGAACUAUUAUGCGUAACUUUUAAAACAUGGCUGUGAUUUCGCAUUACAAUUGAUGUCAAUAAAAUGGGAAUAAUUUCUUGCAUUU